AUGCAUCUUGAACAAAAAGAGAAUCAAAGACCUCCGCAACAACAAUACCAGCAGUAUAAACAGGAAGCUCAACCUCAACAGUAUAAACAGGAAGUUCAACCUCAACAGAAACCUCAGAAAUUAACCUACGAACAACAACGAACCCAUGAUAUUGAGAAGUGGUGUGAAGCAAUCAUUUACUCGGAUAGAUAUUAUG